GUGAUUAGUGGAGGGCGGUGGUGUGCAGAAGACAGAGGACGGUGGACUGUUUUGUGAAGUUCGUUCUCAACAAUUCCAGAGCCUCUGUACAUUUCGUAAUGGAUUUUACUCAAACUAUCUUGAGGGACAACCCCUUGAAAACUCCUCGUGGCAACCUUGUGGGUUCUUUCGUUCCCACCCUACAAGCCCCACUCAUAAGAACUCCAGUUACUGACAUGAUUGGAAACCUUUUCUCAGCCCAAGAAGGUCCCACAUUUUGUGCGAAUAUGGAAAUGAUGAUGCUGAAUUGUCUUGACCAGUACGGAUACAACCGUGGCGUUAAAAUGUGUGGUGGAUAUAUCCAAGAUAUGGAAGAGUGCCGCCAUCAGACUCUUGAGCUUAUGCGUGUCAACGUAAUGAGUGAAGAGCGAAGGCGACAGUACCGUGAUGGCAAGAGGCAGAAGGAGUAUGAGGAUUGCCCUCCCCACCAGUGAGUCCAGGUCAGAUUACCUGAUUUAAUGAUAGUGUCAGCUGUCAUUGUAAUAUUGUAAAUCAAAGAAUGUGUUAAUCUGCUUCAUGUAGAAAUCUUUGUGAUUAAAUUCUGUUACACUAUUAUCUAU